UUUCUGGUUCUGAUUAAUGCAGAUCGCCUCAUCUCCAUACCAUGUGAUCACAGCACUACUGGACAGCAGAGCAUCCUUCACCAAUGGCGAGAACCUCUUCAGCUCUUCUGCUUCUGCACUCGCCCCUCUCACCUUGCUGUUCAACUCAAUCACUUCGCCUUUGGACGAGAACACUUCUACGAAGACAGUCUUCACUUAGAGUAGCUCAAACUAGAACAAAGCCCAUUUGUUUAUCAAUUGCUGAAGCUAGCCUUGAUGCUCGAAAAGAGGAUAUUGUCAUCGUUGGAGCUGGAAUUGCUGGUCUCGCAACCGCAUUGUCCCUUCACAGGCUUGGAAUACCGUCUUUGGUGCUCGAACAAGCAGAGUCGCUUCGGACCAGUGGAACCUCCCUGACGCUUUUCAAGAAUGGAUGGAGCGUAUUGGAUGCACUAGGAGUUGGAGAUGAACUGAGGCCCCAAUUUCUUGAAAUUCAAGGGAUGGUUGUAAAAUCAGAAGAUGGCAGGGAGCUGCGCUCCUUCAAAUUCAAGGAUGAAGCUGAAGGCCAAGAGGUCCGUGCUGUGGAGAGGAGAAUACUUUUGGAGACUCUAGCUAAUCAGUUGCCUUCAGAUGCAAUCCGUUUUUCUUCUAAAGUGGCAAAGAUUGAAAAGAAUGAAAAUGGUGAAACUUCUUUGCAACUUUUGGAUGGGACCCAAAUACUAGCAAAGGUCCUAAUUGGUUGUGAUGGAAUCCGGUCACCAAUAGCAAAAUGGAUGGGAUUCACAGAGCCUCGAUAUGUUGGACAUUGUGCUUUUCGCGGGCUCGGAUUCUAUCCUAAUGGCCAGCCAUUUGACCCUAAAGUAAACUAUAUCUAUGGAAAGGGCUUGCGUGCUGGUUAUGUUCCAGUUUCUCCCACAAAAGUUUACUGGUUUAUCUGCUUCAAUAGCUCAUCUCCUGGACAAAAGAUCAUAGACCCAUCUGUGUUGAAGAAUGAAGCUCAAAAAAUGAUCAAAGGCUGGCCUUCAGAGCUGUUAAAUAUCAUAGACUUAACUCCAGAUGACACAAUCAUUAGGACACCACUAGUGGACCGAUGGUUGUGGCCUGUUGUCAGCCCUUCAGGAUCAACUAGUGGGGUUGUGCUUGUUGGUGAUGCAUGGCACCCCAUGACUCCCAAUCUUGGGCAAGGAGCUUGUUGUGCAUUAGAGGAUGCUGUGGUUCUGUCAAGAAAGCUCGCAGAUGCACUAGAGGUUGGCCCGGCAUCACUUGAUGAUGCUCUAAGCUCUUAUUGCAAGGAGAGAUGGACCCGUGUUUUUCCAUUAACAAUACGUGCAAAUCUUGUUGGAGCACUUCUGCAGUGGGAGAAUCCAGUGGUAUGUACUGUUCGAAAUAGUAUUAUCAUACCUAAGCUGGUUAAGCUUGGCCCAUUGUUAGAACACACAAAUUUUAACUGCGAACCUCUAGAAAGAAGGGGAAACAGGUUCCCAAUUAAUUAGUUUUGUGAAGGAGGGAGCCUAGUGCAUCAACAUUUUAUAUGAGGAGAUGAUUCAAAAUUUAGCAGGGAUGCAAAAAUAUAAAAGUUUCAGUCAUGAAAACAUCGAAACAAAUACAAAGGGUGUUCAUCUAUACUUCUCGACAGUAUUCCCCUUGUAGAAAUAAUGUAUCAAUGAAAGAAUGAAUCUAGAUGGGAUACUCUUGAUGGAACUCUUCAUCAUUUAACAGAAAACAAUGAUCAUUUAUUCAACUUUGUUUCGCAAAAA